AUGGCCGCCGGUCGCCGCGGUUGCGUCAACUCGCUAUGGUCGGGCUCUGAGCGCGUCCGCAUAGGUGAGCGCCUCAAAGCGACGCUGGCCGGGGUUCUGGAGCUGGAAUUGCUUCGCUGCGAACACCACGAGAUGGUGGACGCCGCUCUGGAGGAUCGAGCCAAGGCGGCCGAGGCGCAGCUUGAUCCGGCGCCGGAUGACGGGAACGGACACCAGGAGGCCGAGCGGGGUCCUGCGACACUCCGCGGGCAACAGGCUCCUUCCCCCUCGGACACAAUAGGCUUGUCAAAUAAGAGUAACCCAGACAACUCCUGCAGUAACUCUGGCGACGGGACGGUACAUUCUUCACUAGGCGGGAGGAGUAACUCCCGCUGGUCCUCUUUGUCCUGGGACGCCCCUUCUGACCUGCUGUCACCGCCCACACCGGACCCUGGUGGUGCGGUCAACCUGGAUAGCGAUUCCAGACCGAGCUCAGGUUUCUAUUCAGUGAGUGGGAGCUCUCUGUCCGACUCAUGCUACUCAGUGUCCAGUGAUGCUGCCCAGGGAGUACUAACUGUGUGGUACAACAGACAAUACAGAAUAAUCAACGCAAUGAUGCUGAGCCAACAGAGGAGCAGUCAAUGUCAGUCUCAACUUGACCGUGUCUCCUUGUCCUCCCAUGCACUAAGACCCCAGUUGGACCCAUGCUACUGUGAAGAUCUUGUAUCUCGUAGGACAAAAGAGGUGUAUUCAUACCCCAGUCCAUUGCAUGCGGUAGCCCUCCAGAGUCCUCUUUUUACCUCUCAGAUGCAAGAGCGAGCUCCGUCUCCACACACUGAGGGAAACCAAGUUAAUGAGCCAACAGAAAGUGUCGGUGUUGAAAAUUUGCCUCAUCAACAUCACAAGGUCAUGACUCCGGCAUCUCUGACCCAGCUGGAGCAGUACAUCUCUCGGCUAGCACAUCAAUACAGGCAUCGGAGUUCUGAUCUCGCACAUUGUCCAGUCAUAUACAGAGGCCUUAGCACGCCUGGUAAAAGUCACGGUUCCACACAGUCCCUGUCUGCUUUUGAAAGCCGUAGUACACAUUCUACGCUGCCAGGGGGUAGUGUAACGCCGUGCAAAUCACUUAUGGGCAACUCAGCUAAAGUAAGCCUCAGCGCUACUGGGAAAAAUGCCACUAGAAACUCGAUCAACCUGGGUAGCCUUCCCUCGGCGACUGGAGAGGAUUUAAACAUAAACUUGAACCUUAACCUGAACUUGAAUCUUGCUCCAAGUUUAAACUCCAAAAGGGGAAUAUUAGAAAAACCCCAAAAUCUGGGGAUUGACUCUCCAACCUCUGUUUCUUCUGUACUGACACAACCCUUGUCAACACCUGGCCCGGCGCUUCGUGCACGCCCUCGAAUUUCCACUUGUCCCACCUCCCUAAACCACCGCAGUUCUCUAGAGAUCACUUCAGGUCCUGGUGCAACUUCUGGAUUUGGAUCAUCAACCUUCUCUCAAUCACUAGACUGGACAGGUGGACAAUCAAAUGAGGUUGGCACCUCAGUGUUUGGUACCAGUUUUGGAUCAGCUCCAGGUUCCCAGCGCAGCAGCUUGCUGCAGGAGCCAGUCUCCAGUCCCAAGCUUAUUGAAGAUUCACCCAUGGUGGGGGAAAUCUCCCGUCUGUCUGGCUUGUCAAGGGCUGUUGUGGUUGGAUUAAUGGAGCAAGGAGUGGAAAUGGACAUCGAUUGCUUUCGGGCGGAGGCAGCCAGUGAGGUGAAGAAACAUAAAGGUCCCCUGAAAGCUCACACAGAGCACCCACAUGACUGCAUUAGACUGACCGACCCGAACCCUCAGAGACCAAUGCAGCUGUCUCUCAGCGUCACCCAUUCUCCGCAGUCUCAGUCCAGUCUCACUCCUCCUCUCUCACACUCCAGCAGCCCGAUUCACCCUUACCAGUCCAUCCAUUCUCCCUCUUCAGUUUACACCACACACAGCCACUAUCAGCGAAUCCCUUCCCCAUCUGACCCACCCUCCUCCCCUACCGCCACAACAGCACAAAGAGCUCACUCUCCUCCACGUCCUCUUCAACCCUCUCCGAUGGGAGGGACUCCUCUCUCAGUAUUUCGAAGAGAUGCCCCUUUCCAGUGUUCACUGCCCCGUACCAUCGCCAGGACAUCUCCUGCGGAAUAUGUCAGCAUCCAUUCUAGGAGUGGGUCACUUCGACACAGUGGGGGAGGAGGUGGGACUGGUUUGGGCUGGACUAGGGUUGAGGGAGAUGGGCUCUAUAGAGGGAAGCAUGCUUCUCAUAAACUGGUCAGGGCAGCAACUGUGAGCAAUUAUGCCAAUAGGGAUGACUAUGGUGCUUCUUGGUGGGAGGACAAACAAGCACAAUCACGCAGAAAGACUUCCAACAAACUUAGCAGAGCAUUCGAGGGGCGUUUCUGGGGAAAGGACACUCAGAGCAAGAGGGAGGAGAUGGAUAGGGUGGAGUAUGGAUACGGAUGGACAAGGAACAUUGGAGGAAGCUGGAGGGGAGAACAGAGAAGGGAAAAGGUGGUGUCCAGCACUCAUGACAAGAUGCCAAAGGUAGAAAGCUCACCUAUUUUCUCCAAGCAGAGGGAGAAGGAAGGUUUAGAAAAACGGAGCUCAAGUGUCAGGAGUUCCAGGAGGGCCCUGUUCAGGAGUGAGUCUCAGGGCUUGCUGGUGCCUCGCAACCAAGAUGAGCCCACAAGAAGGUCAAAUUGGGUUUCCUCAUUUGAUUUGGCGCAAAGUGCCAUGAGUGUGAGCAGGGAUGAGGGUGAAAGAACACUGAGUGCAAAGGAGGACAAGCACCUCUCAUCUACUGCGAGUCUCUUUAAUCUCUCCUGCUCACAGAGUUUUGAGAGCAGCUGUCACUCCCUCUCUCCUCUUUCCUCUCCCUCCUUUUCCCCGUCCCCACCACCAAGACUGCCUCUCCAACGUUCUCGAUCGCUGAGGGAUUUGGGGAGGAGAGUUUUUGGCUCCGUGAGGUCAUUAAGUCUCAAACAGAAAUCAUCGAAGAAGUGA